AUAAACAUACGUGGGUUUCUUUCGAUUCCUGCAAGAUGUGAAUGUGCUAGAGAGAGAGAGAGAGAGAGAGAGUGAGAGAGAGAGAAUGGAAGAGGGCUUGCUGCUAGUGAAGGAGGGAGAGAAGACAUCAUCAGAGAGUAGUUCGAUAACAUGGGGAGUUUUGGUUGGGGAGAUGAAGAGGUUGGGUUUUAUAGCGGCACCGAUGGUGGCGGUGACUCUGAGUCAGUACUUGUUGCAAGUUAUAUCCACCAUGAUGGUCGGCCACCUCGGUGAACUUUCUCUCUCUAGCACUGCCAUUGCUACCUCUCUCUCCGGCGUCACCGGCUACAGUUUUCUGUUAGGGAUGGCCUGUGCUCUGGAAACCUUAUGUGGGCAAGCUUAUGGAGCUCAACAAUACCAAAAAAUUGGGACUCAAACUUACACUGCUAUUUUCUCUCUCAUUAUUGUUUGUCUCCCCCUCUCCAUAUUAUGGAUGAAUAUGGGGAAAGUACUUAUUUUAAUGGGCCAAAACCCUCUAAUCUCACAUGAAGCCGGUAAAUUCACCAAGUGGCUCGUUCCCUCCAUAUUUGCGUAUGCAAUUCUUCAACCGCUUGUUCGGUACUUUCAAAUGCAAAGUCUGACCCUUCCCAUGCUCAUAAGUUCAUGUGCCACUCUCGCUCUCCACAUACCACUUUGUUGGGUUCUGGUGUUCAAGUCCGGAUUGGAUAGCCUUGGAGGUGCAUUAGCAAUUGACAUUUCCAUUUGGUUGAACGUGACCUUCCUUGUAUUGUACAUGAGGUACUCUUCUGCUUGUGCGAAAACCCGGGCUCCAAUUUCAAUGGAUGUGUUACGAGGAGUUGCAGAGUUCUUUAGCUUUGCUAUUCCUUCUGCUGUUAUGUUAUGUCUUGAGUGGUGGUCAUUUGAGCUGCUUAUCUUGCUUUCUGGUCUUUUACCAAAUCCAGAGCUAGAAACUUCUGUGCUCUCUGUAUGUUUUGUGAACAGUCUCAAUACCAUUUCAACACUUUACGCCAUACCGUAUGGAUUUGGUGCUGCCGUCAGCACUAGAGUUUCAAAUGAGUUAGGAGCUGGAAACGCACAAGGGGCUCGGGUUGCUGUACUUGUUGUGAUGUUUCUUGCUGUCAUGGAGACUACAAUAGUGAGCGCAACCCUCUUUGCCACGCGACGCAUUUUUGGUUACACUUUCAGCAAUGAAAAAGAAGUUGUAGACUAUGUCACCUCCAUGGCGCCGCUUGUUUGCCUUUCUGUUAUAAUGGAUAGUCUACAAGGGGUGCUUUCAGGUGUUGCUAGGGGAUGUGGGUGGCAGCAUAUAGGGGCUUAUGUCAACCUUGGGGCCUUCUAUCUUGUUGGAAUUCCAAUGGCUGCCACAUUAGCUUUUUGGGUACAGUUGAGAGGAAAAGGCUUGUGGAUUGGGAUACAAGCUGGUGCUAUUGUACAAACAAUUCUGCUUUCUAUAAUAACAAGUUGCACAAAUUGGGAAAUGCAGGUCCAUUUUCCAUCUUUAAUCUCUCAAAGCUGUUUAAUAUGUCUAGCCAUUCUAAUACAUUUGAAGCAAAAGUGUUGGGAAACCGAAUCCCAGAACCUAGACGCGUACAGAUUGAACAACAAAAUGAACGGAAAACCCUACAAGGCGGAACUACGGUUUCACCUCAACACCCUGCGACACAAUGACUGGUUGACUUGUUUCUUUUUGUGUUACUGUUUCACUUAGACAGAACCUCGCCCUGCACGCCUAGAACACGAACUUAGGGUGGAUUCCUUUGUGAUCUUUUUGCUCUCUCCCAGUCUCUCUCUAUUUCGUGAAUAUAUAGGGCUACGAUAGAGAUCUAAGGAUAAAUACAGACUGGGCUCCUUGUGUAAUUAAGAAAUCUAAUCCUCCAAGGAUUCUAUUUCUUAUUACACAAAUUAUAAUUCAUACUACUAUAGAAUUAUAAUUGCACUCUCCUCCCCAUCUCAAAUUAUAUUUCAAGUUUCACGUUAUUAAAUACUUAAAUUUUCCUCAUGUUAAGAUUACAAAUACUUGUUGAUUAAAUCAAAUUAUUGACAAUUAUAUUUAAUCAACAUCUAUAAAAUACCUUGAGACUUUUUACUUAACUUAUUCGAUAUGUCGAAUGCAAAUAUUCACAUACAGGAUUUAACAUAAUCGAAAUUUAUAAGCUUACUCAAGUAGUUAUCAUAUAUAUAUAAUGUUGUGACCCAACUUAUUGAGACUAUUGACCCUAAAGAGGAUCUCACUCUUUAAUAAAUCAAAGUCAACAACAUUAGACUUAUAUAUCAAUUAAUUAUCUUUGGAUUAAGAGCAUAAAUAUUCAUAAUAAUCAUGGGGUUCUAAUUGUCUUAUAAAAUCAAUACAAAAACAAUUACUUCAAAACGAUCUCGUUCAAUACACACAAAGUGUAAUAGCACAAUAAGUUGGAACUAGUUCCGUUUCUCGUAGUUAAGACAGACCUACUAAAACAUCGUGCUAUGGUGUGUUUAGUUUCAUCUAAGAUUGUGAACUAAAUCUUAUAUUCCACAAGAACCGAUAAUCCAUCUUCCGUAUUUAAGCUGUACUCUACACAUUGAAUCAUCUACUAUAUAGAAUAAUAGACACACAAGCAUAACAUCCAAUAAUAUUAUGUUAACAUUGCCCAUAACAGAUUCUCAUUAAAACGGAUAAAAUUAAUUAAUAUAAAACAAAUUAAAUAUUAAUCAAUUACAUAAAAGCAUGACUUUUAGUAUAAAAUUUUAACAGAAAGACUAGUUAAAAGAAAUCAAGAUUUUUUUUUUCUGAGUUCUUUAAGAGUCGACUUCUAUUCAAAGGUUUUCAAAUCUUCUUUGCACUACUUAGUCUUUAUCCAAGGAAUGGAGCACUAGCCAUCAUAUAUUUUCCAAUCAAAUUGCAUAUUCAUAUGGAGAUUUUAACCAUAUUCUUUAUUAUUAUUAUUAUUAUUAUUAUUAUUAUUAUAUUCUUCUUCUUCUUCUUCUUCAUCUUUUUAUUACUCCAUUCGUCUCAUUUUCUUUGGACUUUUUCGACAUUGGUGCCGUUCUUUAAACUCUUAUACAUUCCAAUAUAAAUCUCAAAAAAUAUACAAUAUAGAUCUUGUUUGAUAGUUCUCGAUUAGAUCUAUAAUACAGAGUUUUCAAAAUUAUGAAAAAUAAUAUAAAUUGGGAGAUAUAAGAGUUUAAAAAACAAUGCGAAUAUCGAAAAAGACCAAAGAAAAUUGGACGGAGGGAGAAUUAUUUUUUAUGGGGCAAAUUUUCAUGUUGCAGGCAAUAAAAGCAAGGGAGAGGCUAUUUGAGGGAAGAUCUUCUGGAAAUAAUGGAGUAAUGUGAAAUUGGCAGAGCACCGAUGGCCAUUCACAGUUGUAAGAAAACCAUCAUAACUAAUAAAUUGUUGUGAAUUAUUGUGGAUGAUCAACUUGUAAGAUAAAGGCUACUAUUUCAUCUAACCUAUUUAUUAGGUUGUUCCUUGCUUUGACUAUAAAUUGAUAGUUUUGUAA